AUGGAAAUUUCCACUGUCCGCUGGCUGAAGCAACAGCAUGCAAUUGUUGUUGUACGCCGGCCGGCGUUUACCGGCGUUUUUUAUGCACACAUGGAUGAAAGUAGACCGUUGCCUAUGUUCAGAUGUGAACAAAUCGAGAACGGUAAACUGGCCAAGGAAUGGCGAGAGUGGAAAGAUUCGCUGGAGUUUUAUUUUGACUCAUAUCAAAUAACCGACCAGAAAAUCAAAAGGUCCAAAAUGUUACAUUUUGGGGGUCCUCAGCUGCAGAAAAUUUACAAAAGUUUGGAAGGCACAGAAGAUUUUCCGCUGGUUAUGGUAGAGAAGCCUUGGUAUGACGUAGCAAUCAGUUGUUUGGAUGCGUAUUUCAAACCGCGUCGCCAAGAUGUUCUGGAGCGACAUAAGCUACGAACUAUGAAGCAAGGUACGAAUGAGAGUUUUGCUCAUUACGUUCUGCGUCUACGCCAGCAACUGAAGGACUGCGGAUUCGAAAAGUAUCCAAAAGAGGUACGCGUUGUUUUGGAGGAGAUCAUGCUCAUCGAUGUUAUUGUGGAAGGAUGCAACUUACCGGAGCUUCGACGGAAGAUUCUUGAGAAGGAUCAGUCCUUGUCAGAUAUUGAGGCCAUGGGAACUUCGCUGGAGAGUGUAAGACAUCAGGAAAAAGAGUUCAAAGCUGGAAUCAAUAAUGAUGGUGGACAUAUUUCGGUUUGUGAAGUCGGAACAUGGAAACCGAAAGCAGAACGCCAGCAAGGACGAAUUCUGAAGCGAAUUAAUGUUGGUCAACGUAAAAUUGUCGGUAAUGGCCCCGAAGUUAUCUGCUACAGUUGUGGACGUCGAGGACACAGAAAGAAGAUAUUGUCAAACCGAGAAAGAAGCUUUAUCCCUGGUAUGGAGUGUAGAGAAAUUUCAGUUCUACCUAGUUGGUAG